GGUGAUGGGUGAUGGGUGAUGGGUGAUGGGUGAUGGGUGAGCGACAGGGGUACGCACUGGCUGCAGCGACCAUCUUGAAACGUGAGGUUGGUAGAUGGCAAGAAGAAGGAUCAGUUCGGAUCAACGGAUAUGGCAAGGGAGGUUUGACGGCAGCGAUUGGUAUUUCAGAGCCCAAAGCGGAAGCCUUGUCGCCUGUGUUUUCCAAGCGCAGGUUCUUGUUUAUGAAGAAGUGGGCCAAGGGGUGACGUAUGGCGGGAACGCCGUCAAAAGUCUGAUGGGAGCCCGGCUGCACGCUGGGUCAUCAGUGCGCGCGAUGGUCAUGACCUCACAGCCGCGCUUUGCAUCAUCCCGGCGAGCUCCAAAGACCGAAAGGGUCGCGCCUUGCUGGAUGCAGGCUGAGUUCGCAGACGGUGUGUGCUGCUAAAGGGAGACUUGUUCUGACAGCCGCGUGGGAUAUUUGGUGUUUGCAGAGUCGAGGGACGGUGCGGAGUGAGAUCCGCUGCAGGCAUUGCCGUUGGCGAAGGAGCUCGGUCGCGGCCCCUG